AUGGGCACACACAUUAUAGCGUAUGACAGUGAUGAAGAAUUCACUCCCAUUAAUGUGUUGAGGAAAAGAAGAGCUGCUGCAGCCAAAGCAGCGGCUCUGGUGGCCAGACAAAACCGAAAGGCCACAGCAAAGGCACGGCAGAAGAUUAGAGAACGCCUGGCGCAACUUGGUGGUGUAUAUGAAGAACUUUGCAAUGGAUUACUACCAACUCUCCUCCACCCGCCAACGGGCGCAGGACCGGUAAUUGGCUGCAGUAAACCACUGCCACGCAGGCACACCGAUGAUGAAAACGAAACGGCAUUGGUUAUUAAUUCAGUGAAGGAGCCGUGUGAAAAUGAGAUACCUUCAAUAACGAGUGGCCCUACAACUCCAUUUGCCGGUGCUGCCGCGGCAACACUUCAGUUAUCACCCGCAGAGCAAAUGGCAGCAACGAUGUUAGCGAUGGAAGCGGAAGGCGUCAUGCCGGGAGGUGGUGGCGUCGCCGCGGUAUUAUUUUCCCCAAGUGAAAUGUACGGUGAUGUGGCGUAUGGCGAUGAUGUGGAAAUGGAUGUUGGGGAGUCGGAAUGUGGGCGUCCAUUGGCAGCAGGGGCGGCGUUGCGGCAGUACAGUGAGAGGACACGUAAUCGGAUAGUACAAUCCGGUAGCGAUAUGUUUCCGUGGUAG